AUGGAUUUCCAAAAGGCAAUGUUGGAGGAGCUCAUGUCCCAGUACGUGGACGUCGACAAUAAGGAUUUCUGGGAUGAUUCAGUCUGCAAGCAUUACCUUGUUGCCUAUUGCCCUUCGCAACUCUUUACCAACACCAAGUCUGAUUUGGGUCCCUGCGACAAGAUUCACAAUGACCGUCUCAAGGAACGUUAUCAAAGUGCUCCCGAUAAGCAUAAAUAUCCUUAUGAAGCCGAGUUUUACGAUUACCUGAACAAGCUUGUGAACGAUCUAGGCCGCAGGAUUAGAAACGGCAAGGGAAGAUUGAAUAUCCAAGGCGAGGAUAAGUUAGCUGAAAAUCGCAAGGAAGAGCGUGAGGAAAAGAUGGUUCUACUUGACGUCAAGAUUAAGGAAAUGCUGCAAAAGAUUGAAGAAGCCGGUGAAGAAGGUCGUGUUCAGGAAGCGGCUGAUUUGACAACCGAAGUUGAGAAACUGCAAGCUGAGUUAUCACAAUUGAAAGAGAAUGCUGAUAGCGGCAAAAGUGAAAAGCGUAUGGAGGUGUGUCAAGUAUGUGGUGCGUUCCUUGUUACAAAUGACUCGUCGGAUCGCCUAGAGGCACAUUACCAGGGUAAGCAACACCAAGGUUAUCUCAAAAUUCGCGAGACUCUCGAUCAGAUCAAGCAAUCAAAACAAUUUGGAGGCCGCGACAGAGACUACACGCGUGCACGUUAUGAUUAUCGCAAUGAUCGCCGUGACGGAGGUAGGGAAAGAGAUCACCGUCGUUAUUCUGAUCGGGAUCGUGGCUACAGAGAACGAGAUGACCAUGGUCGCCGUAGCCGUGAUAGACGAGGUGGUGGGGAUGAUGAUUGGGACCGAGAAAUGGAACGAUACAACCGACGCUCUCGCCAUUACGAUGAUGAUUACCCUCGCCGAUCACGUUCACGUUCACCAAGACGAAGCCGUUACGAUUAA